AUGAGAACUAUCAGCCUAGGUCGCGGCGAAGUCAAGAUUGGCGACUCUAUAUACAAGAUACCAGAUUCGAUAGAGGGCGACGGCGUUAUUAAACCAUCCACUGGCUCAGGGCCAUCUAUCAGCCUUCGUGCCGGCACUAAGUCCAACAAACCCAAAUCCAACCUACUUGGAUUUCUCAAAUCACUAUCGAAGACUUCAAGCGACAUUGGUGGUAAGAUCACCAAAGCGACUGAGAGUGCGAAAGCGGUACUAGAUUCUGGUUUGAGUGAGUCAUCGAUUUCGGACUUCUUGGGUAUCGUAGAUGAUGCUACCAAAGCUGCAAGUGAUCUCGUUGGCGACAUAGGACAGCUUUCAACAGACUUUGAGAUGAGCAUGCUGGAUGAAUUAGGAGCCAAGGUCCCUCAACUUGGCACAAAGAUCUCUAAUGCCUACGAAGGUGCUAGCGGAAUCGCGAACAAGCUCCGUCCUCUCCGCCACCUGUUGAAGCGCUUCAAAGGCCUGUCGACUGAGGCAACGGAGUCCGCGAAAGCUCUACUGAAGACGGUUUUUGCACAAGGUGGCGGCAAGGCCACGACUGCUAUCACACUGAUCAGUAUCGGAAGUGCCCUAAGUCCAUUGGCAGUGGUCGAUUGGGAUGAUGCAAUACCAUUAUACACCACUCUAAACGCGGAACCGGUUUCAACCUCGACAAAGACAAAUGACGAACCCGUCCGAAAAAGACAUUGGAUAAUCACUCACGAGGGAACCUCACUGGUAGCAUUCCAGAGCCUUCUUGCCCUCCUUCCGAACACUGUGGUAGGCAAAUCUGAUCAAACCGAAUGCCCGUCUCUUGAUUGGCAACAUUUCAUAAUCGCGCUAUCGGAUGAUGAAGCAAUUAUAGCGAAGAAGCACCCAUUGGUGCAAUCGUUGAUUGAAAUACCGCAUCUGAGAAACGUUAUACAAUCAGGUGCUCGAGUCCCAGAUUCCAAAGCAGGAGCAAAUAGGACCAAGGAGCGCCGGGAUCAAAUUGAUGACCAUAUACUGAGAUUUGCCCCAGGUGAGACGCUGCGGCAACUCGAGAUGUUGAGCACAAUUGAUCGAAACAGCCAAUGGAAGUACGCAUUCCGUAGGGAAUUGGGUGGAGACGCAACUAUAUACCAACUUGGUCCUACUAUCACUCCCAACUGUGACGAGCUUAGACUAGGUAAUCGUGCACAGGCUGGGAUUUUUUACCAGGUGCCUAACCACUUCUCUGAAAAGUGGUUUGAACGGGAACAAGGUGGAUAUCAUGAGAUAACCGGGGAAUUCGAUGAUUCAUGGAGAAUAAACCCUGCAGACCUUGCGCCCGAAGACAUGGUGGAUCGCAUGAGUCCAGGAAUAUCUCCGUCUGGCAGGAAAGGCUAUGUCAGUCUUGGAAGUAAUCAAUUGGCAGUUGCGGCCGGAAGAACCAUGGGAGUAGCGCCAAAAGCCAACAUUGUUGGAAUCAGCUUGCAAGGCUAUCACCGGAAGAUGUUUGGUGAUGGCGAGUGGCUGAAUGAGCCUGCUGGUACUCACUGGGAUACGUUUGGCGUGAGUCCGGCUUCUAUUCUCGAAGGAUUUAGAUAUGCGUUCAACAAUUUCGACAGGUUUCGAGCUUAUCGAUCUGGAAGGACUGUGUUCAAUGUAAAUUUUGCAUACCGUUACGGUCUGGACGAGUCCAAAGACGCGAGAACAAUGGAUACAGCGAUGGAUCAGACUUGGUAUACUGUCCAGCGCGGGCUAAGUCAACGCGAUAUUUUGCUAGUCAUGGCCGCAGGGAAUACGGGUGACACUGAACGUCCCCUUGAGAGAGAUCUAAGAACCACUUUGCCACAGAGACUGGAGAGCGAGUUCAAUAACUUUCUUAUAGUCGGUUCGGUAAACCCUGAAGGUCGAAUUUCGGAAUUCAAUUCAGGUUCGCCGGUGGGCGCGCCAGCGCAGGUCCGGAUUUUCGCACAAGGCGAGGAACUUACUACCAGAGAAACGUGGGCCUUCGAUGAGGCGCCGUUUAGUGAAGAGCAAACUGUCGGUGGCUACUCGGGCUCUAAUUUUGCUAGUCCACUCAUCGCAGGGCUCGCUGCAUAUUUGAUGGCUUUACCACCAUCCCCGGGAUCUCGUGCAGAUUUGUGGUCAGCGUCGAGGCUGAAGUUCCGCCUGAUCAGCACCUCGCGCGAGCUUUUCCCUCUUGGCACACCAAAAUUCGCGACUAGAAUUGAGAACCCGGAAUGGUGGGACAGGCCUGUCAACAUAGGAUAUAACAGUAUUCGGCAGCAGAUCUGUGAUAUAAUAGGUCAUCUCGAUCCCCCAGCGAAUGAUCCCGAGAGACGAAGUCUUGAGUUCAGAAAGACUACCAAUCACAGGGACAUUUUGACGUUCAACAGCACGCAAUCCAUCACUGAUGACGGAAACCUAGUAGAGCGAGCAGAGCCAGAGGACGAUUGGGACGCCAUGAGUUGCGACGCCAUAUACUCGACGUCCUCCUCCGUGUCCAGUUCCCCAACCUCCACGCCCUCAAUCACUUACUCUCCGUCUCGCUCUUCCUCAUCAUCCAGCCCUACAUCCACCACUUUAUGCAGUACCAAGUCACAGAUCUGCCUCUCCGACUACGACUGCAGCAGAGCCGGCACCGACUCGUGGUCCGCAUCGCAGUUCAACACCUCGGCAAAAUCCUUCUGCGGGUUCCUCAGGGACAAGCACAUCACCAAGGACGAGCAUGACGGCUACGAGAACAAGACCGUUCCGGUCGACCAGGCCCUGCAAGCGUAUCAGCUCCGCGCCAGCAGAAUCAAGGACUGCGAUGGGGAUACCGACUUGUCUCAGGGCUGCGAAGACGACUUCUUUGUCCUAUGGCAACAGUGUGCAAGCAAGAGCGGGGGAUGGAAGAAGAAGACGUGCGUGGCGCUGGGCAUCGAGCGUGUUUGCGAGCCGACAGAUGCGGGAGAUCCUCAUGGUAUUUAA